UACCGGAGCCUCGGCGGGAGCCCCGGCAGCGGGCGGGGACCCGGGAGCCCAGUUCUACUUCUUCUCUACUUCUUCCCCGCUGCAAGUCUGAGGAGGGAAGGAGUAGAACUUCCCCCUUCCCUCCCCUAGGCUUCGGCGGCUGAGUGACGCCAGGAUUCCCGGCCAGGACCUGCUGCGGCGGCCGCGCGACCGGCAGGGCGAGCGGAGGAGGCGGCGGCGCGCCCAGCAUGGCCCGAGCCACUCCCUUAGCUUGGCCGCCGCUGCUGCUGUCCCUGCUGUCGCUGUUCUGGGCGCCCUCGGGAGCCGGGACCAAGACAAUCGGAGUGCUGGCCCCAGCCCAGGUGCGCGGCUUCCUGGGUGGCACCACGGAGCUGCCGUGCAAACUGCAGCCGCUGGGGCACAACGUGACGGUGACGCAGGUGACCUGGACUCGGCCGCAGCUGGCGGAGGCCGCCCGCAGCGUGGCGGUCUUCCACCCCACCCAGGGCCCCAGCUUCCAGGAGCCCGGCCGGUUGGAGUUCGUGGCCGCCAGGCCAGGCGAGGAGCUGCGAGACGCAUCGCUGGCCGUGCGGGGGUUGCGCGCUGAAGAUGAAGGCAAUUACACCUGCCAGUUCGCCACGUUCCCCAACGGCGACAGGAGCGCCCGAACCUGGCUCCGGGUGCUCGCCCAGCCCCAGAACAAGGCUGAGACCCGGGAGAUCCCGCUCAGCCCGCUCAGCCUGGAGCCUGUGCCCGUGGCCCACUGCAUCUCCACGGGGGGUCGCCCACCCGCCCGCAUCUCCUGGUCCCCACCCCUGGACAAGAUGGCCAAUACAAGCCAGGUGCCAGGGCCCCUGCCCGGCACUGUCACCGUCAUCAGUCUCUUAACCUUAAUGCCUUCCAGCCAUGUGGAUGGCAAGAAUGUCACUUGCAGAGUGGAGCACGAGAGCUUCGAGGAGCCGGUGGUUCUGCCCGUGACCCUCACCGUGCCCUACCCCCCCGAGGUCUCCAUAUCCGGCUAUGAUGGCAACUGGUACAUCGGCCGUAGUGAGGCCUCCCUGAACUGUGACGUCCGCAGCAAACCAGAGCCCACAGGUUAUAACUGGAACACGACCAUGGGACCCCUGCCACCCUCUGCUGUGGCCCAGGGCGCCCGGCUCCUUAUCCAUACCGUGGACGAGUCCAUCAACACGACUUUCAUCUGCCUUGUCACCAACGCCCUAGGGACUGGCCAGGCAGAAGUGACCGUCCUGGUCACAGGACUUCCCAGGGAGCCGUCACAGUCGGGCUUGUCCUCUGAGAUCAUUAUCAUCCUGACUUUCUUUAUCAUCCUGGUUGGUCUACUCCUGCUGGGGCUCCUGAUUUACUUCUGGAAAUCCAGAAACGCCCGUUGGAACCUGCACAGCUCGUCUGCUAACGGGAAUGUCAUCUAUUCAGCUGUUGGCUGUAAUGCCAGCUCUCCCCAGGAUCCACCGACAGAGGGCACCAGGUGACAGCAUCGGGACUGAACAGACAGAGUCCUCACUGGAGCUGGUGAGGAAGUGGGCCUCGCAGCUGGACACCCACCCCACCUCAAUGGAUGACGCCUCCCUCCAAAGAGACUGGCCACCCUUCCCGUGCCAGACCUCAAGAAUGUCCCCUCUGCCUCACAACACAGUGGGUGGGUGCAAGUCCAGGGGUCCUCAAGACCAACCCUCAGGUUGAGUCACUAGUAUAAGGAGUCACAAAACUCAGGAAAGCUGUUUGCACACGGUUAUGGUUUCCUACACCGCAAGUGUGACAGACAGAACUGUCUGUUGGAGAAAAUACCUUAGGGAGGUAGAGACCUUGGGCCAGAAUGCAGGGCAUGAGCCACUCUGCAAGAGAAAGUGAGAAGGAUUGGGGCUUCUCUCUAGGCAGAUAGGAGAAUGCAGAACAGAGAAGGACGGGAAAGAGAUGUGACCCAGCAGCAUGGGAGUGGCAAGGGGGUGACAAGGCCAGUGGGGCUCCACAGCGUCAGGGACACAAAGGGAGAUUGGUUGCCUUGCUGCCACGUAAACCCCUUGUCCAUCCCCAGCCCCCAGACACCUCAUUAAAGUUUAUUUAUUACACCUCGAGUGGCUGUGUGCGAGGGGAUCUUUCGUGGGGACUGAGGAGGGACAGAGUUUUGCAUGGACCGUCACCAUUUGAGACAGAACCAAAGGCGUGGACGGAAGACCCUGAAUCAAGAGGGCCACAAGGACACGAAUCCCCGGGUUCUCAGACACCAGGGGGAGAGCAUGUCUUACUUCUCUCUCUCUCUCUCUCUUUUUUCCAUUCUUUUAACUACAAAAUACAGGCAUACCUCGGAGACAUCGCGGGGUCAGUUCCAGACUAUCGCAAUAAAGCAAGUCACGCGGAUUUUUUGGUUUCCCAGUGCAUAUAAAAGUUAUGAUGGGAAUUCCCUGAUGGUCUAGCGGUUAGGAUUCAGCGCUUUCACUGCCAUGGCCCGGGUUCAAUCCCUGGUCAGGGAACUGAGAUCCCACAAGCCAUGCGGCACAGCUAAACAGAAAAAAAAAAAAAAGUUACGUUUACACUAUACUGUAGUCUAUUAAGUGUGCAAUAGCAUCAUGUCUAAAAACAAUGUACACACCUUAGUUUUAAAAUGCUUUAUGGCUAAAAAAUGCUAACCAUCAUCUGAGCCUCCAAUAAGUCGUCAUCUUUCUGCAACAGUAACACCAAAGAUCACCGAUCACCAUAACAGAUAGAAUAAUGAAAAAGUUUUUGGGCUUCCCUGGUGGCGCAGUGGUUGAGAGUCCGCCUGCCGAUGCAGGGGACACGGGUUCGCGCCCCGGUCCGGGAAGAUCCCACGUGCCGCGGAGCGGCUGGACCCGUGAGCCAUGGCCGCUGAGCCUGCG